CCAAGCUCAUCAGCAUCAUUGUUCAAUCAUAGACAAGAUAUAGUCUUUUUGUUCUGUUUUGUUACUUUCAAAACCAACGACUCCUCCAUGGCAUCGGCUAGCUCUUUGGCUUUGGGUUCAUUGGCCAUCUUUGGUCUGGCCAUGGCACUGGGAACUUUGAGCUCCCAAGCUGAGGGUCGGGCCUUUUUUGUGUUUGGAGACUCACUUGUUGACAAUGGCAACAACAACUACUUAGCCACCACUGCUCGCGCUGACUCUCCUCCUUAUGGCAUUGACUAUCCAACUGGUCGACCCACUGGCCGUUUCUCCAAUGGCUUCAACAUCCCUGAUUUUAUCAGCCAGCAACUUGGUGCAGACUCCACAUUGCCAUAUUUGAGUCCAGAGCUCACUGGACAGAAGCUACUAGUUGGUGCCAACUUUGCCUCUGCUGGCAUUGGCAUCCUCAAUGACACUGGAAUUCAGUUUGUAAACAUAAUAAGAAUGUCCAGGCAAUUGGAAUACUUUCAACAAUACCAGCAAAGGGUGAGUGCCCUCAUCGGAACUCAACGCACCAAGCAGCUUGUGAAUCAAGCACUUGUCCUCCUCACCGUCGGCGGCAACGACUUUGUGAACAACUACUAUCUGGUGCCUUUCUCUGCAAGAUCACGCCAGUAUGAUCUCCCAGAUUAUGUCAAAUUCCUCAUUUCCGAGCUCAAAAAACUUCUCUUGAGAAUGUAUGACCUCGGAACACGAAGAGUUCUGGUGACAGGUACCGGGCCGCUAGGCUGCGUGCCGGCAGAAUUGGCACAGCGAAGCAGGAACGGCGAGUGUUCAGCUGAGCUGCAAAGAGCAGCGUCUUUGUACAACCCUCAACUCGUUAAGUUGCUAAAAUCACUCAACAGCCAACUUGGUUCUGAUGUCUUCAUUGCUGCCAACACACAGCAGACGCGCAACGAUUUCAUAAGCAACCCUCAAGCAUUUGGGUUUUCUACAUCAAAGAUUGCAUGCUGUGGACAGGGACCGUACAAUGGGUUAGGAUUGUGCACGGUGGCCUCAAACUUGUGCCCAAACAGAGACCAAUACGCUUUCUGGGAUGCGUUUCACCCAUCAGAAAAGGCAAACAAACUGAUCGUUCAGAACAUUUUGACAGGGUCUACCAAGUACAUGGACCCCAUGAAUCUCAGCACAAUCUUAGCUUUGGAUUCCAGGACCUAAACGACAUCUUAAUUUGUCGUUCCAUGAUCCAUUUGAAUUGGAACUAUAUAAUUUAUGAGUGCUUCAAUAUCAUUGAUCCUAGAUCUAUAUAUGUAAAAUGCUACCAAAUGUUUGUGUGUGUUGGAAUUUCAAGUAAUUAAAACUGAUGGAGCUUUCGAGUUUCCUUGUUUCUA